AUGGUCAACUUCACUCUCAUCACUGAAUUCCUCCUUGUGCAGUAUUCCAGUAUUCGGGAGAUUCAAGUCUUACAUGCUGUACUGUUCCUGAUGAUUUACCUGGCAGCUCUAAUGGGGAAUCUUCUCACCAUCACAGCAAUUGCCACUGACCCACACCUUCACUCUCCGAUGUAUUUUUUUCUGAGUAAUUUAUCCUUUUUGGAUGUUGGUUUUAUUUCAGUGACUCUUCCCAAAUUCAUUGUUAAUUCUCUGACUGGAAUACAAUCCAUCUCCCUCUUGGGCUGCAUGGCCCAGAUUUUUCUCUUUAUCUUUUUUGGAUCAACAGAGAUUGCUUUACUUUUAACCAUGUCUUAUGACCGAUUUGUUGCCAUCUGUCAUCCAUUGCAUUAUGGUGUGACUAUGACACCAGCCAGGUGUCUCUGGGCAACAGCAGGCUCAUGGCUCAGUGGAUUCGUCUAUGCCACUAUACAUACAGGGAACAUGUUCCGGUUACCCUUCUCAGGAUCCAAUGAAAUCCACCAGUAUUUCUGUGAUAUCCCUGAUGUCUUAAAGGUUGCAUCUUCUGAUGUUUUGAAUACUGAAUUUGUUCUUAUUGUGGCAGGAUCAGGCUUUUCUUUGUUCUGUUUGGUGUUUUUAUUUGUGUCCUAUGCUCGAAUUUUUUCGAGUGUGUUCAAGAUACCCUCUGUUGAAGGUCGGUAUAAAGCCUUAUCUACCUGUGCUCCCCAGUUGAUUAUUCUCCUUUUAUUUCUACUUUCUGCAAUUUUUGCAUCCCUAAAGGCCCCAUCAGAUGCAUCAACAAUUCAAAAUCUUCUUGUUGCAAUGUCCUACACAAUACUUCCUCCAUUCAUUAACCCCAUUAUUUAUAGCCUGAGAAACCAGAGGAUUAAAGUUGCACUGACUAGAAUGAUCAAGCAGAUCAUUCUUCCAAAGAACGAAAUGUCCAUCCUUGAGUAA